GCUAUUCAUUUGCCCAAGUGUAUGCGGAAAGGUAAUCAACAGUGAGCUCCACCAGUCAUGGAGGCGACAACGUUUUCUCUUGAGAAACGGCUAUAAUUCAGCUUCUUUUGGUUUACAGGACUGAAGUGGUGAGUCUGACCAGCAAUCGCCUAAAGAUGACGUCUGCGCUAACCAGUCAUAACCAGCGAGAUAGCAUGUAGCGAUAGGCUAGCCAACGAAGCUUUGCUUUCUGACACUUUAUAGAUUUCUCCAAAAAGGGAUAUCUUCCGCCAUGGAACUACUGCUAGAAAGAUUCUGGGUUUACAUAAGAGCUGCUGCCACUUCGCUGAGCUGACAUGGAGCAGGGUCAUAGUAGUGCCAGCUCUGGGUCCACGGACACUGUUGUGCAGAUGUGUUUCCCACUUGCCCAGGCGUCUGUGCUGGACAGACUCAACCGGCAGCGAGAAGAGGGGCGCUUUUGCGACCUGUCCAUCCAUGUACAGGGCCAGGUGUUCAAGGCACAUCGUUGUGUGCUGGCAGCCUCUUCCCCAUACUUCCAUGACCAGGUACUCCUGAAGAACAUGUCUACAGUGUCCAUCCCGGCAGUCAUGGAUCCGCUGGCGUUUGAGAGUGUCCUUAGGUGCGCGUACACCGGCCAGCUCCGCAUGCUUCGCGAAGACAUCGUCAACUACCUCACAGUGGGGAGCGUGCUGCAGAUGUGGCACAUUGUUGACAAGUGCACCGAGCUCCUCCGGGAGGCUAAGGGGGGCGCCAGUGCCACCCUGGCAGCGCGUGCCUCUCGCGAGAACCCGGAGAGUGGUGCGAACGGCGAGAACCCCUCGGGCAGCGUCCUCCAUUCCAGAUCUGGCGACCCCCAGCCCCACGGCCGCCCCUCCCUCAGCGAGAGUCAGUCCCCCAGCAGCACCAACUACUUCAGCCCCAGAGAAGCCAACUGCGGGGGCUCCGCCGCUGCCGGCAGUGGGGGCGAGGGACCAGGCCUGAACUCCACCCCAAGUUACUGUGCUCCCUCUGGCCGAGAAGAGGCCUUCCUAAUUGAGGAAGAUGAAGACGAGGAAGAUGACGGGGCGGAGGAGGAAGACCUUCUCUAUUCCAGGAAACAGGAAAGGGGAAGCAACCGGAGGAAAAAGAUGCUUUCUGGGUGUGACCAAGGAGUGGGCGUCAGUGACAGUUUCGGUGUCUCCUCGUACCAGGAUGGAGACUCGCCCCCUCCACAGAAAAGGCCCACAUACAGCCAGCCCAGCAUCAUGCCCAGGAAGCAGUGGGUGGUCGUGAAGACCGAGCGGAGUCAAGAGGACGAGCUGAUCGUUGUGUCUGGGGAGGAAGGCGGUGAUGAUGAUGAUGAUGAGGAGGAGGAGGAAAAAGAGCUGGAGCUGGACAGAGAGAGAGAACGGGAGAGAGAACUGGAGAGGGAGAGAACUUUCAACAUUUCAAACGUCAGGACCCUCUCUGAUGAGCUGAACAGCCGAGCUGAGGCUGAAAUGGAGACAGAGGUUGAUUACUGUCAGUCCUCUGAAGACUACCUCAAGUAUGACAGUGGUUUGUUGGACCACACCUCUCAACAGAACCCCCAUGACAACACUGGCCAAAGUAGCAGCCGAGCUAUUUCAGCUCUGUUGGGACCGCUACAGUCAGCCGCAGCCAGGGCACAACUCUUCCCUCUUGACAUGCAAGGGAACCAGAUCCUAUUUUAUAGUCAAGCUGCACUGGACUCCUCUUCCCCUCUAGGAGUGGGAAGUGGUUUAUCCGGGCCAAAUUUAAAAGGACCCACCCUGGAGCACGGAGCAGUUCAUUUGUCGGGGCAGGGGGGUGUGAGUGGGGGAAUGGAUGGGCUUGACGGUGUCGCCUCAGGUGGUUCAGGGAAGGUGUUCAUGUGUCACUGCGGAAAGACGUUUACGCACAAGAGCAUGCGCGACCGACACAUCAACAUGCACCUGGACCUGCGGCCGUUCCACUGCCCGGUUUGCGCCAAGAAGUUCAAGAUGAAGCACCACCUGACGGAGCACAUGAAGACGCACACGGGCUUGAAGCCGUACGAGUGCCACGGCUGCGGCAAGAAGUUCAUGUGGCGCGACAGCUUCAUGCGCCACCGCUCCCACUGCGAGCGGCGCGGAGGUGGCUCCUCCGAGGCCGGCACGUCCCAUGACGCGCAGGUUCUCUCCCCGUCACACCCCCUCCAGUCGUCCCACGGCGAGGCCAUGCAGGGAGGCUCGGAGGCCAGAGUCGGCAUGGGUGGCGGGCGAAGCGGCAUGGCUGGGAUGUCUCCUCACCACUCCAGCGGCAGCAGCGCUGGCAGCGGCAUGUCUUGCCUGAGCAUGGGCGGUCCCAGCUCCCUGCUGGGAGUCGGCUCCCAGAGUCUGGGGUCCGGCAUCUUCGGGAUGGGCGUGGGCAGAGGCGGGUGUGAGGACGAGGUGUGUGAGGUGAGUGUCGGCGAGAGCAGCAUCUCUUCAGAAGCACAGCAUGAAAGAAAACUCAGUGGACAUUCCCACAUCAUCCCAUUAUAAGCUACAAAUCUAAACGGGACCGUGGCUAAAUCCCAAUCUCUCCCCUAAACCCUAAGCCCUGAACCCUUACACACUUCACCGAUAUCAGUCAUAAUUGAUCAAGCUUGCGAGGAUGUAAGGGUUCAAAACUCUUAAUAGCAGAAAUGCGACAGCACCUGCGACCUAUCAAGUGUGGCAAGUGUGUAAGUACAAAAGGAGAGGGAUUGGGAUUCAGCCCAUGUGUAUAGCUCACUGACCUUUACAGUACAUGGAUAUGUGUGGAUGUGUUGUAGCACAAGUUCACGUGCAUCAGAUUUAAAAUGCCAAAAAUAGUUUCUUUCUAUACUUUCCCUGCAUAUCUAACCAUAUAGUGGCAUGGGAAUGCAUUCAAAAUCUAUGGAACCCUUUUGCUGCUGUAUAACGUAGACUAGGCUGCUAAACGUGAACUCUUACUAUUGUCAGUGAAUAUUUCAUAGGAAAAUCUGAUGACUGUCAAUUGUCAAUGUUUUUGUUACAUCAUUUUCAGUCUUUUUGUCAAUAUCACAAAAGAGAUGUUUAGUGUGUUUUCAGCUUUUAGUACCAGAAUAUUGCGUCACAGUUGUAGAGGGCACUACCAGGGUACUUAAAGCCUACCUUACACUGGCAAGAUUUGGGAAAGAUUCUUGAAAGAUUGUAGUAUUUUGAGUAAAGCUUUAA